UGUCCACCAAAGUCACAUUUCCUUAAAAUACAACCCAAAAUUCUAGUCUUUCUUUGUUUGUUUGCUGUCUUGCUGUAUGUAAUGCUGUGGUGAGACACUUGUGGUACUUGUGGUGGUGCAGUGGUGGUGAUCGAGAGAGGAUAUGGAGUAUGGCGGGGAAGACGGCGGAGACCACCACGAUUCCUCCUCCGACCCCCACAAGAGGAAGAAGCGCUACCAUCGUCACACUGCUCACCAGAUUCAGAGGCUCGAAGCGGUGUUCAAGGAUUGUCCUCACCCAGAUGAAAAGCAGAGAUUGCAGUUAAGCCGGGAGCUGGGCUUGGCUCCUCGCCAGAUCAAAUUUUGGUUCCAAAACAGGAGGACCCAGAUGAAGGCCCAACACGAGAGAGCUGAUAACUGUGCGCUUCGGGCAGAGAACGACAAGAUCCGUUGUGAGAACAUAGCAAUCCGAGAGGCACUCAGAAACGUCAUCUGCCCGUCUUGCGGGGGUCCUCCAGUGACCGAAGAUUCAUACUUCGAUGAACAUAAACUCCGAAUAGAGAAUGCGCAGUUGAAAGAAGAGCUUGAUAGAGUAUCUAGCGUUGCGGCAAAGUAUAUUGGGAGGCCAAUUUCUCAACUCCCACCUGUACAGCCUAUUCAUAUUUCUUCACUGGACUUAUCAAUGGGGAGUUUUGGAGGCAGCGGUCCUUCCCUUGAUCUUGAUCUUCUUCCGGGGAGUUCAUCGGCUGUGCCGAGUUUGCCUUUCCAGCAAUUAUGCCUUUCGGACCUGGACAAGUCCGUCAUGACAGAUAUUGCUGCCAAUGCCAUGGAAGAAUUGCUAAGGCUUUUGCAAACCAACGAGCCCUUGUGGAUGAAGUCCGCGACUGAUGGGAGGGAUGUUAUUAAUAUUGAUAGCUACGAAAGAAUUUUUCCGAGGCCUAAUGCUAAUUUGAAAGACCCCCAUUUGAGGAUUGAGGCGUCUAGAGAUUCAGGUGUUGUGAUCAUGAAUGGCUUAGCAUUGGUUGAUAUGUUUAUGGAUUCAAAGAAGUGGGCGGAGCUAUUUCCAACAAUUGUCUCGGUGGCAAAGACAAUUGAAGUGAUAUCACCUGGAGUGUUGGGCAGUCAUAGUGGCUCUUUGCAGCUGAUGUAUGAGGAGUUGCAGGUGCUUUCACCACUUGUACCUACUCGUGAGUUCUAUUUCCUCCGUUAUUGCCAGCAAAUUGAGCUAGGCUUGUGGGCAAUUGUAGAUGUUUCUUAUGAUUUCCCUGGAGAUAACCAAUUUGCUAAUUCUCAAUGUCGAUGUCACCGGCUUCCGUCCGGAUGUUUGAUUCAGGACAUGCCUAAUGGGUACUCCAAGGUUACUUGGGUGGAGCAUGUGGAAAUUGAAGACAAAACCCCAACUCAUCGGCUUUAUAGAGAUCUUAUUCACAGUGGGUUGGCAUUUGGAGCUGAAAGAUGGCUUGCUGUUCUUCGGAGGAUUUGUGAAAGAUUUGCUUGUCUUAUGGUGACAGGCACCUCUACUACUCGGGAUCUUGGAGGAGUAAUUCCAUCACCUGAUGGCAAGAGAAGCAUGAUGAAACUUGCACAAAGAAUGGUAAACAAUUUCUGUGCAAGCAUUAGCACGUCUAUCGGCCAUCGGUGGACCAGCCUUUCUGGCUUGAAUGAGGUCGGAGUUCGAGUGACUGUCCAUAAGAGCACCGAUCCCGGCCAACCCAAUGGCGUCGUUCUUAGUGCAGCUACUACUAUAUGGCUUCCAAUUUCCCCACAAAAUGUCUUCAAUUUCUUCAAGGAUGAAAGAACUCGAGCGCAGUGGGAUGUUCUCUCUAGUGGCAAUGCGGUGCAAGAGGUUGCUCAUAUUGCAAAUGGGUCGCAUCCUGGGAACUGCAUUUCUGUUCUUCGAGCUUUCAACACUAGCCAGAACAAUAUGCUGAUACUUCAAGAGAGCUGCAUCGACUCCUCAGGUGCAAUUGUGGUCUACUGCCCCGUUGAUCUCCCAGCCAUAAACAUAGCAAUGAGCGGCGAAGAUCCUUCCUACAUUCCUCUGCUACCAUCAGGGUUCUCCAUUACACCCGACGGCCGGCCCGACCACGGAGACGGUGCGUCGACGAGCUCCUCCAGCACGCACGGCGGCGGGAACAUGAGCAGGUCGGGUGGUUCGCUAAUUACAGUGGCGUUUCAGAUACUAGUUAGCAGCCUGCCAUCUGCUAAGCUGAAUUUGGAGUCGGUGACCACUGUUAAUAACCUUAUCGGCACCACUGUCCAGCAAAUAAAGGCUGCCUUGAAUUGUCCUAGUUCCUGAUGAAUCUGAUUCAUCUGCCAUGGACAACUGUUUUUUGAUCUACCAUCCUUAAAUAUACUGAUCAGAGCCUGUUUGUGCUGGGGGUAUUCAAUGCUGGAGAAGUACAUGGGGGUUGGUUGGGACUUUGAAUGCCCCUCUCAUCAAAAGAGGCUGGAAGCUUGGGUUAUUUACUGAUGCUGCUGUUGUUUUUGCUGCCAAGGUUCAUUACAUUUUUACACCAACUACGAAGCCUUUUUCUUCUUUCUUUUUUGUUGUUUUUGCAUUUAGCUUUAGAAGAAGAUUAGUCUUAAAAGAAAGAGGGAGUCAAGAACGCACCAUACACACAUUUCCUGCUGGUUUUCUUUUCCUCUUUUUUUUUUUUUUUUUUGCAUUCCCAUCUCUCCAUAUCCUCUCAUUGCCACUGUACAACAAACACAGCAAGAAACAGUAUGGUUCGGGUAUUGACUUCCAUUGAUUUGGCUUUCUUUCUUUCAAUCCAUUGUAUGAAUGAA